GGCUUCUGGGAAUUCUGUUACGACGAGAAGGCACUCAGGCAAACUAAUCUCACACGGGGAGACAUUCAGAACUAGCGAUGGAACUGUUUUUCCAACCCAAAUACCUUCUCACGUUGGCCGUUGUACUUUCGUCCGUAAGCUUUGUCUACUCGGAAGGCGAUGUCGAGGGUUGGAAGUUUCAGGAGCACGUUUCAGAGGAUUCCUGUGGCCAAUUAUCCAACCUUGGCUCAGGAUGCAGUGUGAAUAGUGAUUGUACCAAAAUAACUUGUGCUGUUGAUGGUAUUGUAAAAACUCACAAAACCACAGUCACGAUUAAGAUCAACAAGUGUGAUGAGCCUGUUACAUAUGAUGUCUCUGUGAAGAUUGAAGACCUUGGUAUUGACUGGACCCAUAAUUUUCCUGCUGAUGCUGUGGUAGAAGUGCCAGGGUUCAGUUUGGGUUCAAUGAUUGGUGUGUACAUCAAGGUCCAGAUAUUAGACACUGGAAGCAACCUGCAUCUGAAGAUUCAAGUGCUAGUGGGUUCAAAGGCCACAUCACUCUACUUCUUCAAGGCCACGCUGAUCGACAGUGAUUUGCCAACAAGCACUUGGGAGUGUGGUAUUGUCCGCUGGUUUGAGAAACUUAGCCUAGCCGCCAAGAUAUCAUUGAUCGCUGCCGGCCCAGUGCUUCUCAUAGCAAGCUGCAUCUGUUGCUGUUGUUGUUGCUGUCGUCGUCGCAGCUCUUCCCCGGGCGUGGUCAUGAUGCAUGGGGGGCCUACCGUGGUCACUUCUACAAUUACAAAUGUGCCCGCGAAAACUCUUGUGAAUGAGCAGCCGAUGGUUGCAUUUGCCUAGUAUUUGAGGAAUGUCCAUGUUUUUUUACUCAGCAGUGCAACACGGUGUGGCCAGUGGCCACUUUUAGCAGUUUUUUUUAAGUUAACAAAUCAAAAUCAAUGAGAAUAUGGGAAAUGUACUGACAUGAUCUUCACUAGUCAACCAGCUAUCAACCAGUGAGGCAACCAACAAUCAACCAGCAAGGCGACCAGCGAUCAAGCAGCAAUUAACCAGCGAGGCGACCAGCGAGGCAAAGAAAAGCUUCAGUUCACAUCAGCAUGAGAGAAUCCUCCUAGUUAUGAAGUUCGUGUCAUACAACUGUGAUUUGGUUUUUUUAACUUUCUGUCGGUGUAACGCAAUAACGCGCAUGGUAACGCACGUCGCACUAUGGACUUUAGUUAAUGUUAAAGGCAAUAAAUUGCCUUUUACAUGGCCCUUAGAAAAAACAAACGUUUGAACUUCACUUUAAAGUGCAUGUUGAAUUAAUGUUUAAUUAAUGUCAUAGUUGAGUUUCAUUAAACACACCCUUUGUUAAA